AUCCCUUUGAGAAAGAAUGUCGAGAAAUAUGGAGUUGAAUUGUUUAACACUAAAAGACCUGAUUAGCCCGAGACAUGGCAAGAUAGAUUACAUAAACGAAGAUGGAGACAGUGCACAAAAGGAAAAUAUAUUUGAUCGACCCAGAAUGACCCCAAAGACUCCCAUGAAAAAUGAGCCCAUUGAUUUGUCCAAGCAAAAAAACUGUACUCCUGAGAGAAGCCCAAUUACACCUGUGAAGCUGACCGACAAGCCUCUUGCAGAUCCAUGGACUCCAACAGCUAACCUAAAGAUGCUUAUUAGUGCUGCUAGUCCUGACAUGCGGGACAGGGAAAAGAAAAAAGAACUCUUCAGACCAAUUGAGAACAAUGAAUUUAGCGAUGCUCUCCCCGAUUCCUCACAGUGUGAUACUGCAGAUGAUGGAACUGCAGAUGAAUAUGAAAAACAAAGGCCCAGCAGAAAACAGAAAAGCCUAGGACUGCUCUGCCAAAAAUUUUUAGCUCGCUAUCCUAGUUACCCUUUAUCAGCAGAGAAGACAACAAUUUCUUUGGAUGAAGUGGCUUCCAGCCUUGGGGUGGAAGAACCACAAGCUAAGAUUAUGUGCAGUUUGAAGAACCCCCAAAUCCCACUCCUGGCUGGCCCCACCUACCCCACCACGCCUCUCCAAGGAGACCCCACAGGGCCCAUUUUGGAUGCAGGAUGCAGGAUGUUUGGGAUGCGGACAAAAAUCCGGAAGAAUGACCUCCUGGGCCCAGUGGAACAGGAGUUUGUCUUAGGAAUGAAUGACAGGUCCAGCCGGAGGACCAGCCUGUCCAGUUGUAUCAAGCACAAGUCAUCACGAACCGAAAGAGCUGCCAACUCUGAAAUACGCCGUUCAGAAGUGAUGGCAAUCAAAAAGGCGGUUUUCAACAUCAAAUGCUUAAGGCUGGUGGUAUGA